AUGUCACAUCUUAGAAGACAUAAAAUAAUUCAUAGUGGAGAGAAACACUACAAAUGUGAAGACUGUGACAAGUUCUUUAACAACACCUCAUAUCUUGGAGUUUAUGAGAGAAUUCAUACUGGAGAGAAAGCCUACAAAUGUGAAGACUGUGACAAGUCCUUCACCAACACCUCAUAUCUUAGAGUGCAUGAGAGAAUUCAUACUGGAUCCACUGAUAUUCAGGACUGUGUCCAUAGCCUUCUCCCAGAAGGAAUGGGAAUGCCUAGACUCUACUCAGAGGACUUUGUACAGGGAGGUGAUGUUGGAGAACUACAGCAAUCUGGUGUCUGUAGAUAUGAAGAAUCUGACAAGUCCUUUACUGUGAGCUCAACUUAUAAGUCACAUAAGAGAAUUCAGAUUGGAGAGAAACCCUACAAAUGUGAAGCUUGUGACAAGUCCUUUAGUUGUAUGUCAGAUUUAAUGUUUGAUCAGAGAAUUCAUACUGGAAAGUACCCAUUCUGGAAACCAUUAGUGCCUACAUCUCUAUCAUUUUACAUGCUGUGCAGCUAUGAGCUACAAAUGGAGAGUUGCACCUUUUCAGUUUGUUUCUGUCACAUUUCUGAAAGAAUCGUGAAGAAUGCAACUUUUAGAAGACAUCAAAGGGUGUGUAAUGUAGAGAAACACUACAGAUGUGAAGAAUGUGACAGGUCCUUUACUUCGAUGUCAAGUUUUAAAUUACAUCAGGGAAGUCAUACUGGACAAAAACCCCACAAAUGUGAAGAAUGUGGCAAGUCCUUUAGUCAAAUGUCACAUCUUAGAGGACAUCAGCGAACGCAUACAGGAGAGAACCCCUACAGAUGUGAAGAAUGUGGCAAGUCCUUUAAUCGAAUAUCACAACUCAGAGUACAUCAGCAAACACAUACUGGAGAGAAACCCUACGGAUGUGAAGAAUGUGGCAAGUCCUUUAGUCACACAUCAGAUCUUAGAGUACAUCAGCGAAUACAUACUGGAGAGAAACCCUACAGAUGUGAAGAAUGUGGCAAGUACUUUAGUCAAAUGCCAAAUCUUAGAAGACAUCAGCGAAUGCAUACAGGAGAGAAACCCUACAGAUGUGAAGAAUGUGGCAAGUCCUUUGGUCAAAUAUCAAGUCUUAGAGUGCAUCAGCGAAUACAUACUGGAGAGAAACCCUACAGAUGUGAAAAAUGUGGCAAGUCCUUUAGUCAAAUAUCACAACUGAGAGUACAUCAGCCAACACAUACUGGAGAGAAACCCUACAGAUGUGAAGAAUGUGGCAAGUCCUUUCGUCGAAUGUCACAUCUUCAAGUACAUCACCGAAUACAUACAGGAGAGAAACCCUACAGUUGUGAAAAGUGUGGCAAGUCCUUCAGUCACAUGUCAGAUCUUAGAGUGCAUCAGCGAAUACAUACUGGAGAGAAACCCUACAGAUGUGAAGAAUGUCACAAGUCCUUUAGUAAAUGGUCACAUUUUAGAGUACAUCAGUGGAUACAUACAGGAGAGAAACCC